CGUCAAAGCUGUUUUGACGGAGGAUAUGAGAUAGCCCAGGGUUUGUUGGUUGUAGCCUGUAGUGAUGUUGGUAUGUUUUUUAUUAGUGCCCGGGCAUUUCAUUUCGACUUGCAGCUGCCUGUGCUGUGGUGGACCCUUUGGGGCCUGUAAUUAUGUAUGUACUUUCGCCUGGUUGUUCGUAGAGAUACCCGUCACGUUAGGCAUUGGCUCGAUGUGUUAUCCAUAUCCAUCUCCCUCUCCUGUCUUAGGCUUUCCAAUGUUCAUCAACUUUUCAUUUAGAGAUUCAAUCUGAUUGGUGAAGUACCUCGUCGGAGCCCCAGCGGCCAGAAUCUUCUGAAUCGGGAGUUGGUGGGCGAGAACGAUCAUAGAGUGAGCUGCAUGUAAACAAAAGACUUGCUAGAUAGUUUCCUCGGAGGCUCAUCUCGACUGGUUUUAGCCAAGUGGUUGCCACAACAGAAUCAAAAUCUGGGCUAUGCAGGUUCGAAACCUGCCACUGACAAGUGUUUUUCUAUCAGAACAUACCUUGAUGGAUCGUGUUCAAC